UACGUGUUCGCUUUCCAGUUUUCCCUUAGCUUACCUUCGCUCUCAGGCACUCUUUCUUUCUCUCGGACUCCGACCAUUCUCGCUCUCGUUUUCCCACGCUUUCCCGACUUUUCUCUCCGAUUUUCUCGAGAAUCUCGCGCGCGUCGCCGCCGUUUCUCCUUCCCGUACCUCACCGAUCGGCGCGCCCGCGGCGCGGCGCAUGUCCCGCUCGCUGCUCCCGCUGCAUCGAAUGCGUUUCGCCCGGCGACGCUGAGCUCGGAAUUGGAUCGCGUCGGACAUGGAGAACGAGAGAACAGAGGACGGAGUGUGUUCGGCUGAGUCCGUGAACGGGAGCAGAGAGGUGUGGAGUAGCAGGGACUCCGAUUCUUCCUCCACCGAUCAUCUCGUCGUCAUGGUCAAUGGGAUUCUAGGAAGUGCCGCGGAUUGGAAGUUUGCAGCUGAGCAGUUUGUUAGAACUCUCCCUGAUAAAGUGUUUGUUCACUGUAGUGAGCGCAACGUAGCUAAGUUGACACUAGAUGGUGUUGAUGUGAUGGGUGAACGUUUGGUUGAGGAGGUUCUUGAAGUGAUCGAUAGGAAACCAAAUAUCUGUAAGAUCUCUUUUAUCGCCCAUUCUGUGGGAGGGUUAGUUGCAAGAUAUGCUAUAGGAAAACUGUACAGACCAGCUAAGACGAAAAUCGUGGAAGAUUUGUCAGCUGAGAAAGUGGUGGAGGAAUCUAGGGGUACCAUAGGUGGUCUGGAGGCUAUAAAUUUUGUCACUGUUGCUACACCUCAUCUUGGUUCACGGGGUAAUAAGCAGGUGCCAUUUCUUUUUGGAUUGACCGCCAUUGAGAAAGUAGCCACUUGUGUUAUUCACUGGAUAUUUAGAAGAACAGGUCGCCAUCUUUUUCUCACUGAUGAAGAUGAAGGAAAGCCUCCAUUACUUCGCCGCAUGGUGGAAGACUCCGGCGAUUACCCUUUCAUGUCUGCAUUAGGCACCUUCAGGCGUCGGGUCUCAUAUUCAAAUGCAGGCUGUGACCAUAUCGUUGGAUGGAGAACAUCAUCAAUAAGACGUAAUACCGAACUGCCAAAGUGGGAAAGCUCUCUCAACGAAAAGUAUCCUCAUGUUGUUUAUGAAGAGCAUUGCAAGGCCAAUGAUACUGAACAAAGUGAACCUAUACUAGGUGAAAAUGGUGGAGCUGAAAAGUUAGAAGAAGAACUAGUCACCAGCCUUUCUCGUGUGUCUUGGGAUAAAGUAGAUGUUAGCUUUCACAGCAGCUGGCAGUGGUUUGCCGCCCAUAGUAUUAUCCAGGUCAAAGAUCACAAUAUGCACAUGGAGGGUGAAGAUGUCAUCCGGCAUAUAAUCGAUCACUUCCUUACUUAGAGUAUGUUGCUGUAAUGGAAAGUGCUCCAAUAGCAGGAAACUCAACUCUCGUUGGUAAGUUACCAUCCAUCUGCUUCAGAGAUCUGGUUCUGAGAAGUUUCACCGCUUCAGAUUGGAGCAAUGUGGUUUUUUGGUACCGAUGGUCAUUGAUCGUAUAAGAGCAUCGGCAACUGUUAUUAAUGCGCAAUCCAUAGCUAAAUUACUUUAUUCAUUUUAUCUAUAACAGUAAUGAAAUGAGGAAAUGCUGUUGCAAUGUAAUGCAAUAACGAGCAAUAAUUUGCUUGGCUUAGGGGUAUUAUAUUCUAUGUCAAGCUUUUAGAAA